CCCAAGAGCCGGGGUGGGGGGGGCUUUGUGCGCGGCGGCGGCGGUGUCGGCGGCGGCGGCGGGAGCGCGAGCGGGCGGCGGCACGGAGGCGCGGAGGCGGGGGCCGACGAGGCUGUGCGCGGGACGCCGCGGAGAGGUGUGCAGGUUCUGAGUAGAACCCCGAGAACCCUAUCGCCCUGUCGGGCCGCCAGCCACACGCUCUUCUCCAGCACCAGCGGCUGCGCGGCGGCCCCCGUCCCGUCGCCUUCCUUCCCACUCCACCGCCCGCAGCCUUCCUCCACCCCGCAGCGCGGCCGGCCCGGGCCAGCCGUGGCCCACGUCGGUGCGGGCCGCCAUGGCUGAUGCGCCCGGCGCGGGGGAAAUCUAGUCCGGGGAUUUCAUGCGGCCUAGCUUGGUUCCGUCUCCUACCCCCGCGGCUCCGGCAGCUGCCCGAACCCUCGCCUGACUCCGGGCCUCCGUGUCUCUCCUGUGAUCGCACUGACACGGCCGGGGGGUUAGAAUGGAACAAACUGAAGGCCCGGUGAGAGAAAGGGAAAGUUAAGGAUGCUGGAGCAGAACAAUGGAUUUCUCUUUCUCUUUCAUGCAAGGGAUCAUGGGAAACACAAUUCAGCAACCACCUCAACUCAUUGACUCCGCCAACAUCCGUCAGGAGGAUGCCUUUGAUAACAACAGUGACAUUGUUGAAGAUGGUGGCCAGACACCGUAUGAAGCUACCUUGCAACAAGGCUUUCAGUAUCCACCUACAACAGAAGACCUUCCUCCACUCACAAAUGGCUACCCACCAUCGAUCAGCAUGUAUGACACUCAAACCAAAUACCAACCAUAUAAUCAGUAUCCCAAUGGGUCAGCCAAUGGUUUUGGUGCAGUUAGAAACUUUAGUCCCACUGACUAUUACCAUUCAGAAAUUCCAAACACAAGACCACAUGAAAUUCUGGAAAAACCUUCCCCUCCACAGCCACCACCCCCUCCUUCGGUACCACAAACUGUGAUUCCAAAGAAGACUGGCUCACCUGAAAUUAAACUAAAAAUAACCAAAACUAUCCAGAAUGGCAGGGAAUUGUUCGAGUCUUCUCUUUGUGGAGACCUUUUAAAUGAAGUACAGGCAAGUGAGCACACAAAGUCAAAGCAUGAAAGCAGAAAGGAAAAAAGGAAAAAAAGCAACAAGCAUGACUCAGCCAGAUCUGAAGAGCGCAAGGCUCACAAAAUUCCCAAAUUAGAACCAGAGGAACAAAAUAGACCAAAUGAGAGGCUGGACCCAACACCAGAAAAACCAAGAGCAGAGCCUGUAAUCAAAGAGACUGCCCCGGUUCAGCCAAUACUGUCUUCUGUUUCAACAACAGAAGUGUCCACUGGUAUUAAGUUCCAGGUUGGUGAUCUGGUUUGGUCCAAGGUGGGAACCUAUCCUUGGUGGCCUUGUAUGGUUUCAAGUGAUCCCCAGCUUGAGGUUCAUACCAAAAUUAACACAAGAGGUGCCCGGGAAUACCAUGUCCAAUUUUUUAGCAACCAGCCAGAGAGGGCAUGGGUUCAUGAAAAGCGUGUACGGGAGUAUAAAGGUCAUAAACAGUAUGAAGAAUUACUGGCUGAGGCAACCAAGCAAGCCAGCAAUCACUCUGAAAAACAAAAGAUUCGGAAACCCCGACCUCAAAGAGAACGUGCCCAGUGGGAUAUUGGCAUUGCCCAUGCAGAGAAAGCAUUGAAAAUGACUCGAGAAGAAAGAAUAGAACAGUAUACCUUCAUCUAUAUUGAUAAACAGCCUGAAGAGACUUUAUCCCAAGCAAAAAAGAAUGUUACCUCCAAGACUGAUGUUAAAAAACCCCGAAGACCAAGAUCUGUGCUGAAUACUCAACCAGAACAGACCAAUGCAGGGGAGGUGGCCUCCUCACAAUCAAGUACUGAAAUUCGGAGGCAGAGCCAGAGGCGGCAUACAAGCACGGAAGAGGAAGAACCACCUCCUGUUAAAAUAGCCUGGAAGACAGCAGCUGCAAGGAAAUCUUUACCAGCUUCCAUUACCAUGCACAAAGGGGGCCUGGAUUUGCAGAAGUGCAACAUGUCUCCUGUUGUAAAAAUUGAACAAGUGUUUGCUCUUCAGAAUGCAACAGGAGAUGGAAAAUUUAUUGAUCAAUUCGUUUAUUCAACAAAGGGAAUUGGUAACAAAACGGAAAUAAGUGUCAGGGGGCAAGACAGACUUAUAAUCUCUUCACCAAAUCAGAAAAGUGAAAAGCCAACUCAGAAUAUAUCAUCUCCUGAAGCAACAUCCUGUCCUACAGGCUCAGUAGAAAAGAAACAACAGAGAAGAUCAAUUAGGACUCGAUCUGAAUCAGAGAAAUCCACUGAGGUUGUGCCAAAGAAGAAGAUCAAAAAGGAGCAGGUUGAAACAGUUCCUCAAGCUACAGUGAAGACUGGAUUACAAAAAGGUGCCAGCGAGAUUUCAGAUUCCUGUAAACCUCUAAAGAAAAGGAGUCGAGCCUCAACAGAUGUAGAAAUGACUAGUUCUGCAUACAGAGACACGUCUGACUCCGAUUCUAGAGGACUGAGUGAUCUGCAGGUAGGCUUCGGAAAACAAGUAGAUAGCCCUUCAGCUACUGCAGAUGCAGACAUGUCUGAUGCACAGUCCAUGGAUUCAAAUUUGUCCCGAAGAGGUGUUGGCAGUAGGAAGGACACCGUGUGUCAGAUCUGUGAAAGCCCUGGUGACUCUCUGACUCCAUGUGAGGGAGAAUGCUGCAGACACUUUCACCUGGAAUGCCUGGGGUUGACAUCAGUUCCUGAAGGGAAGUUCAUCUGCACAGAGUGUAACACUGGGGAACACCCAUGUUUUUCAUGCAAAGUAUCUGGUAAAGAUGUGAAGCGCUGUUCUGUUGGAACUUGUGGGAAAUUUUAUCAUGAAGCCUGUGUUCGCAAAUUUCCUACUGCCAUCUUUGAGUCUAAAGGAUUCCGUUGUCCCCAACAUUGCUGCUCUGCCUGCUGUAUGGAGAAAGACAUCCACAAAGCAAGUAAAGGACGCAUGAUGAGAUGCUUGCGAUGUCCAGUCGCCUAUCACUCUGGAGAUGCUUGCAUUGCUGCUGGAAGUGUAUCUGUGACCUCCUACAUUCUCAUCUGUAGUAACCAUUCCAAACGGGCCAAUCACACUACUGCUGCUAUAAAUGUAGGCUUUUGUUUUGUUUGUGCCAGAGGGCUGAUAGUUCAGGACCAUUCAGACCCCAUGUUCAGUUCCUAUGCCUAUAAGUCCCACUACCUACUGAACGAAUCAAAUCGUGCUGAGUUGAUGAAAUUACCUAUGAUUCCUUCUUCGUCAGCUUCCAAAAAGAAAUGUGAGAAAGGUGGAAGAUUGCUCUGCUGCGAAUCGUGCCCGGCUUCCUUCCACCCAGAAUGCCUAAGCAUAGAUAUGCCAGACGGCUGCUGGAAUUGCAAUGACUGUAAAGCUGGCAAGAAACUCCAUUACAAGCAGAUUGUUUGGGUCAAAUUGGGAAAUUACAGGCAAGUUUUAUGGUGGCCAGCUGAGAUCUGCAAUCCCAGGUCUGUGCCACUGAACAUCCAAGGCCUUAAGCAUGACUUGGGGGACUUCCCUGUGUUCUUCUUUGGUUCUCAUGACUACUAUUGGGUACACCAAGGCAGAGUGUUCCCUUAUGUUGAAGGAGACAAAAGCUUUGCUGAGGGACAGACUAGUAUUAACAAGACCUUCAAAAAAGCACUGGAAGAAGCUGCCAAACGUUUCCAGGAACUGAAAGCACAAAGAGAAAGUAAAGAAGCAUUAGAGAUUGAGAAAAACUCAAGAAAACCUCCUCCUUACAAACACAUCAAAGCUAACAAAGUAAUAGGGAAGGUUCAGAUCCAGGUUGCUGACCUGUCGGAGAUCCCCCGUUGUAACUGCAAGCCUGCUGAUGAGAACCCUUGCGGCCUAGAAUCUGAGUGUCUGAACAGAAUGUUGCAGUAUGAGUGCCACCCACAGGUGUGCCCUGCUGGAGACCGCUGUCAGAACCAGUGCUUCACCAAGAGGCUGUACCCAGAUGCAGAGAUCAUCAAAACUGAGCGCAGAGGCUGGGGCCUCAGGACCAAAAGAAGCAUUAAGAAGGGUGAAUUUGUAAAUGAAUAUGUUGGUGAAUUAAUUGAUGAAGAAGAAUGUAGACUACGAAUCAAGAGAGCACACGAGAACAGUGUAACUAAUUUUUAUAUGUUAACUGUUACCAAGGACCGUAUAAUUGAUGCUGGCCCAAAAGGGAAUUAUUCUCGUUUUAUGAACCACAGUUGCAAUCCAAAUUGUGAAACACAAAAAUGGACAGUGAAUGGAGAUGUUCGAGUUGGGCUUUUUGCUCUUUGCGAUAUUCCUGCAGGGAUGGAGUUAACAUUUAAUUAUAACUUGGAUUGCCUGGGCAAUGGCAGAACAGCAUGCCACUGUGGGGCAGAUAACUGCAGUGGUUUUCUAGGAGUGCGGCCAAAGACAGCAUGUGCGUCAACAGCUGAAGAGAAGGCAAAGAAUGCUAAGUUAAAGCAGAAGAGACGGAAAAUCAAAACAGAACCAAAGCAGAUGUAUGAAGAUUACUGUUUUCAAUGUGGAGAUAGUGGAGAGCUGGUCAUGUGUGACAAAAAAGACUGUCCCAAAGCAUACCACCUUUUAUGCCUUAACCUGACUCAGCCACCAUAUGGAAAGUGGGAAUGCCCAUGGCAUCAGUGCAGCAAGUGUGGCAGUGCGGCCAUUUCCUUCUGCGAGUUCUGUCCACGCUCAUUUUGUAAAGAGCACGACAAGGGGGCUCUGGUUCCCUCUGCGCUGGAAGGCCACCUUUGCUGCUCCGAACAUGACCCCCUGUCUCCCGUGUCAUCGGAGUACUGGAGCAAGAUCAAGUGUAGAUGGGAAUCUCAAGAUCAUGGAGAAGAAGCAGGAGAAUAAAUGGAUGAUGAUUUCCUCCCCUUCCCUUUUUAUUUAAAUGAAAUGAAAAGAAGCAAGCAAGCAGAUAAUGUGUUAAAAAGAAGAGACUGUAGUACAGAUAGCCGUUGCCAUCAGAACUGCCUUAUUAACAAAAAUAGGAAAUGGUUCCACAGGCAGAAGUAGUUGGUAUGUCUGGUUUUUCUGUUAUAUUGCUUUGGGGAUUCUUUAUGGAGGGUUAAAUUCCCUUGGUUUUUCCUUGCCUUUUAUUGUACUUCAAAUCCUUUGCAGAGUGGGGCAAAGAAGUGUCUUUGCUUUUAAAGAAAAAAUUGAAAAGGAAAGUUUUGUUAAUGAGAUGGCUUAAAGUCUUAAAUGUGCUCCUUGGUUAUAGAAAGCAAAAGUAGCAUUCCUUUAUCUUCAUUUUUACAAGUUUCACAAAGUGUGUUUCAAAUGGUCUAAUCAGUGUGUGUGUGUGUGUGUGUGUGUGUGUGUGUGUGUGUGUGUGUGUUCAGUAAGGAAUUGGAGGGAAACCCUCUAGAAAAGGGUGUGACCACUUUUUGUACCUCUUUCCUGAGCGGUUGGUGGGCUGACUUCUUUCCCUUCCACGUCUUUCGCAGAAGAGCUCUGCAAGUAUUAAAUCUGGCCUUUUGGAAACCAAGGCCUCACUGCCUUUGUGUUCUUAAAGUAGGUGGACUUGGUGAUACGGUAUCUGUACCUAGAAAGGCAGAUG